AUGUCUCUCAAGGGAAGGCUAGCGCUUAUAACAGGCUGCUCUGGCGGCAUUGGCAAGGCAACUGCAAUGGCCCUCGCAGCCCAAGGCUGCUCCAUCGCAGUUCACUACAAUUCCGCCAAAGAAGUUGCCGAUAAACUGGUCAUCGACCUCACCAAGAACUUUGAGAUACGCUCUCAAGCCUUCCAAGCCGACAUGUCCUCCCCCGAGAGCGUUCGUGUCCUCUACGCAGAUGUUAUCGUGUCCCUGGGCCAUCCUGACAUACUAUUCAACAACGCGGGAACGACCGGGAAGGUUGUUGGAAAGUGGGGAAACAUCGAAGAUGUCACUCUCCAAGACUUCGAGACGACAUGGAAUAUCAACACUGGCUCAAGUUUCCUUGUCAGUUUGACAAUCUCACACAACUAUGUCUCCCUCAUAUGGUCUCACAGAAAUAUGGACGCGUUGUCUUUUGCUCUAGUGUCGCUGCAGGCAUGUAUUGGUGGAGUCAUCGGCCCUCAUUAUGCCUCCUCCAAAUCUGCCCUCCACGGUCUCGUUCACUGGAUUGCUGUGCGCUAUGCUAAGGACGGAAUCACGUGUAACGCCGUUGCACCCGCUCUCAUUGAAGAUACAACAAUGAUGGCGAAUGUUACUGAUGAAGUCCGGAAGUCAAUCCCCAUUGGCAGAAUGGGUAAACCCGACGAGGUGGCCAGUAUUGUCGAGUCACUCAUAACGAACGGAUACCUGACGAAUAAGAUUAUGGUUGUGGACGGGGGAAUGACACCCAGUGCAUUUUGA